UGAAGUUUCUGUACAGAUAGCAGCAGCCUCGUUGCUUUCUCUCAGAACUGGAGCUCCACCCAGAGCUCAACAGAAAACCUCAUGACCCACCAACAACACACCAGGCUGCAGGCAAGCUUCUCCGAUCACAAUAACACACGGGCUCAGCAAGCAUGGAGCCUCUCAGCCUGCAGGUGCUGGUGGUUGUGACAGGGAGCUUCCUGGGCUUCCAGUGGCUGUUCCACAGAGGCAGCCCUUGGUUGUCCGAGAAGCUCUGCAAAGGCUUCCUCAGGCUCAAACCUUCACAAAGGACGGAGUGGAACUCCAGGGCCGUCUCAACAGUACACGCCUUAGUUGUGGGACUUUUCUGUCUCUACAUAUAUAUCUUUGAUGAACCUAUCCAGAAAGACCCAGUCUGGGGAGAUGCCACACUGGUGAAGCUAAAUGUGGCCAUAACCUCAGGCUAUCUUAUAUCAGAUCUUCUGCUCAUGUUUACUUCAUGGGAGUCAAUUGGAGAGAAAUAUUUUGUCUUACAUCAUUUUGCCGCUCUCUAUGCAUACUACUAUGUGCUGAGUCAAGGAAUAUUGCCUUACUUUGCUAAUUUCCACCUACUUUCAGAAUUCUCCACUCCCUUUGUAAACCAGCGUUCAUUUUUUCACAUGUUGGGCUACCACAAACUUUCCAAACCGAGUCUGGCUAAUGGUGUCGCUAUGACAUUUACAUUCUUCUUGGUGAGGAUCGCAGUCAUUCCAGGCUACUACAGCCAUAUGUACUUGGUCUUUGGUACGGAUGACUUCAACCGGUUACCUUUGGGGGGCUGCAGUGCCUGGGUUAUUUCCAGUGUGUCUUUGGAUGUCAUGAACAUCAUGUGGAUGCGCAGAAUCAUCCGCGGAUGUCUCAAAGUCCUUCGCUCGGCCUGGUCGAGAACUGAGAUGGAAACUAAAAAGACAGACUGACAUGGAGAUACAGACAAAAAAUUUACACAUCGGAACACAAACCUUCCAUCUCGUUUCAUGUCCAACCUGAUGCUGGAGUGUAAAUGCCAUUUGUGUUUUGUUCUUCCUGCUGCUGUAAUGCUUUGGCAUCAUAAUUGUGAGUUUUAAACUGAAAACAAGCGCUUGGAAAAUCAUUUAUAGUAUUAAUAAUGACUUCCAUGAUGUCAUCUUAAAGUAUGGGCUCAACAGGAGGAAUUCAAUCACAGGCGCACCUUUAAGUUGUAAGAAAUCAGGUGAUGAUGAGACCGAUCACAUGUACAAUCGGGACAACAGUUGUGGUUGCACUAUUUAUUAUAAAGCUGCUAUUAAGAUCAACCAACUUGCCUUUAUGAAUGUAAUUAACAGAGCAACAGCACAUCUGAACUUCCACCACGAUACACAGUGUGU